CACCUCUUCUCAUGCUUCCACCUUCCACCUUUCCUUUUUAUAUUUUCUCUUCUCCUUUUGGGUUCUUCACGCAUCAGUUUCCGUCAUUAUAAUUAGCAAACCUCUAAAACACUGAAUGCUUCCGUUUCUUCAAAACUUGACCUCGUACUCUGUUUUAGUGCUCUUUCAAGGCCUUCUUCAAUGGGGGCAUUGUUUAGCACUUUAGCUAAGAGAAUUGAGGUAGUAAAGUUAGUCUUGAAGAGGUAGAGUUGUGUGUGCUUUUUCAAAAAUGGGGCAUUCAUCAGCAGUCUGGGACUGUAAGGCAGCAGUUGAGAUCACAAAGGACUUGAAUGGGGUUGGACAAGUUGUUCUUCGAAACCCACAAGGGGCUUCAGCACAGGUCAGCUUGCAUGGAGGACAGGUCACAUCAUGGAGGAAUGAGCAUGGAGAAGAACUCUUAUUCACUAGUAGUAAGGCAAUAUUCAAGCCCCCAAAAGCAAUGCGAGGAGGAAUUCCCAUUUGUUUCCCACAGUUUGGGAAUUGUGGAUCCUUAGAAAUGCAUGGUUUUGCAAGAAACAAGGUCUGGGCAAUUGAUGAUAAUCCACCCGUGCUUCACCCAAAUGAUUCCCAGGGAAAAUCCUAUGUUGAUCUACUACUGAAACCAUCUGAAGAGGACCUGAAGUGCUGGCCCCAUAGUUUUGAGUUUCGCCUAAGGGUGUCUCUUGCAAUAAACGGAGAUCUGACCCUGAUAUCACGAGUUAGGAAUGUUAAUGGCAAGAUGUUUAGUUUCUCUUUCGCCUACCACACUUAUCUUUUGGUUUCUGAUAUAAGUGAGGUGAGGAUCGAAGGGCUGGAGACAUGUGACUACUUAGACAACCUCUAUCAAAGAGAACGUUUCACCGAACAAGGAGAUGCCAUAACUUUUGAAUCAGAGGUUGAUCGACUUUAUUUGAGUUCACGCAAAGUUAUUGCAGUUCUUGAUCAUGAAAAAAAGCAGACAUAUGUAAUCAGAAAGGAGGGACUACCAGAUGUUGUCGUUUGGAAUCCGUGGGAGAAGAAAUCAAAAUCCAUGGUUGAUUUUGGUGACGAGGAGUACAAGCAGAUGCUUUGUGUGGAUGCUGCAGCAAUUGAGAAACUCGUCACGUUGAAGCCAGGAGAGGAAUGGACAGGGAGGUUGCAGCUCUCUGUCGUGCCUUCGAGUUUCUGUAGUGAGAACCUGGAUCUUGAAAAGGGUGGUUUCUGAAGAAUAGUACAUAACUUGUAGGGUAAAAAGUGCUUUAGUUAAUGUCAGCUACUAGGUGAAAUUUUAGAAAUGUCCUGUUGUAGCUCGCUAGAUUGUUCAAACUAGGAUAGGUUUAAACCUUGUAAUGAAACUCUAGACCUCAACCUUCUAUCUUUUCAGUUCUUUGUGAAAGAACGGAGCUCGAAAAAUAAUUACAAUCCUUGUGUAAUAAUCUUUUUUUGAUGAAAAUUCUGUAUUUUUCA